AUGGAGGGAACCCUUCCAGGGAACUCAACAAUACCAGGGUGUUGCUGCAAAUUGAAGACACUUAAGGAAUCAUUCAAGGUAAAGAGCUGGGAGCUUGGUGAUAUUUCAGAUAGGGCAAGGGAAGCAAUAGAGGCCUUGGAAAACUGCCAGAGCGGGUUAGUUACUGAUCCACUAAACAAUACUCUGAGACUUGAGGAGAGACAACUUCUUGCUACUACUCAAUAG